AUGAAGGAUAGCCUGGUCUCCGACACAUCGUCUUUGCGCAACGACGUCGUCCAUGCGUCGUCGUACAAGUGGCUGCUGCUGUUGCUGCAGUGCCUCUUGUCGGCCAUGAACCAAGCGCUUUGCUUUUCGUACGCGCCGAUCUCUCGCAUCGCCGACACGGCGUGGCAGCACGAGGUUCGCUCGUCGACGCUCAUCACCAUCUUCUUUGUCGUGUACCUCCCGUUCGCGUUUCUCGGCUCAUGGAUCUUGGACCUCCGCGGGUGGCGCGUCGGCGUGCUCCUCGGUGCAUUUGUCCAAGCGGUCGGCGCCAUCCUCCGUGCGAUCUCGUCCAACAUGACCAUGGCGUUUCCCAUCGCCAAAGUCUUUUUGAUUUGUGGCCAAGUCAUGGCUGCGAUCGGCAUGCCCUUUAUGGUCAACUCGCCCCCCGUGCUCUCGGCGCUGUGGUUCCCGCCCCACCUCCGCGCCCGCGUGACGUCCAUGGGUGUCAACAGCAACCAGCUCGGGAUUGUUUUCGUGUACUUGGCCGCGCCGUACCUCGUCGCGGGACCGUCGGACCUGCCAAAGUGGGAUCUCCUCUUUGCGGUCGCUGCCACCGCCUUGUUUUUGCUGGCGUGGGUGUGCUUUAGCGUACCCAAGUACCCGCCAGUGAUCCCCAGCGCGUCCGGCGCCUACGACUAUCGGCAGUGGGUCACUGCAUUCCACCACCCUGGCUUUAGCCUCACGGUGUUUGUCUUUGCGGUGGCCGAGACGGCCGGGAACGUCGUCGCCGCGCUCCUCAACCGCUUGGCGUCGCCCCAGCACGGCUUUGCACGCACCACCCAAGGAGCCAUGGGCGCGGCGUUCAUUCUGAGCUCGGUCCUCGGCGGCUUCCUCGUCGGGUCGUGCGUCGACGCGUCGGGGUCGCACAAGACCGCGAUCGUCGUCUGCAGCCUCGUCGCGGGCGGCGUCUUGCUCGCAUUUGGGUACGUUGUCGCGGCGGUGGAUGUGACGUGGCACGUGUCCGGCUCGUUCGCGCUGCUCGUCGCGUUUGGCUUCUUCCUCGGCCCGUUGCAUCCGAUAGCGGUUGAGCUUGGCGCCGAGUGCGCGCACCCCACGUCCGAAGCGACGGUCGCAGCGCUCCAGCAACUGGUCGGGAAUGCCUUGUCGGCACUGUUGCUUCCGCUCCUGAGCCUCUUGCAACACUGGCUUGAUGGCAACACGGUGUUGAUCGAUGCUGACGACGACGACGAUGACGACAGUAGUAGCCACGACGGCCCCACUGUUCUGGGAGAGUGGUGGCAGCUUCUCGCGACGCCCGUGGGGGUCGUGUCCCUGCUCUUGCUCGUCGCCGGCGUCAUCUUCACGCAGUAUCGCGGCGCGUGGAAGCGGUCGCAGUACGCGUCCGUGCCGCCGCUCCCUCCGCAUCUCGGCAUCUAGUCGUCGUUGGCGUCGUGUGUAAACAAACGUGGUAUCAUUGCUGUGGAA